UACCUGGAUCUAUCUGCCUGUUUAUGCUUAAACCUGUGGAUCUCCUCCCUUUUCCCUAGAAGUAGUAUUUGGAGGAAGGCAAAGUGAGAUCCUCAAAGACAUCCAGAGUUACAACAGGCCAACUCAGGGAUGAGUACAGGCAGAGUCAACCCUUACAGCAUUGUGUCUUCUGAGGAAGACGGGUUGAUCUUGACCACCAUGCCUGGAGUGAAUGGUUUUGGCAACGGUAAGAUCCACACUCGGAGGAAAUGCCGGAAUCGAUUUGUUAAGAAGAACGGCCAAUGCAAUGUCGAAUUUACCAACAUGGAUGAUAAACCUCAGAGAUAUAUAGCUGACAUGUUCACCACAUGUGUGGACAUCCGCUGGAGAUACAUGUUGCUGCUCUUCUCCCUUGCUUUCCUAGUCUCCUGGUUAUUGUUUGGCCUCAUCUUUUGGCUGAUUGCACUUGUCCAUGGCGACAUCGAGAAGCCAACUAAAGAUGAGUCCUUCACCCCUUGCCUCCUCCAGGUGAAUGGCUUUGUGGCUGCUUUCCUCUUCUCCAUUGAGACUCAAACGACAAUAGGAUAUGGUUUCCGUUGCGUGACGGAGGAGUGCCCUCUGGCUGUUUUCAUGGUGGUCCUCCAGUCUAUUGUAGGGUGCAUCAUCGACUCUUUCAUGAUUGGUGCCAUCAUGGCUAAAAUGGCAAGGCCAAAGAAGAGAGCUGAAACGUUGCUCUUCAGUCAUCACGCGGUGGUGGCCAUGAGGGACGGCAAGCUUUGCCUGAUGUGGAGAGUGGGCAAUCUCCGCAAGAGUCACAUUGUUGAGGCUCAUGUCAGAGCUCAGCUCCUCAAGCCCAGGAUCACUGAGGAGGGGGAGUACAUCCCCCUUGACCAAAUUGACAUAGAUGUUGGGUUUGACAAAGGCUUGGACCGUAUUUUUUUGGUGUCCCCAUUGACGAUCCUUCACGAGAUCAAUGAGGAGAGCCCGCUCUUCGGGAUUAGUCGGCAAGAUUUAGAAAUGGAUGAUUUUGAGAUUGUGGUUAUCCUUGAGGGCAUGGUGGAGGCCACUGCCAUGACCACGCAAGCUCGGAGUUCGUACUUAUCCAGUGAGAUCCUCUGGGGCCACCGCUUUGAACCUGUCCUCUUUGAGGAGAAAAAUCAAUACAAGGUGGACUAUUCGCACUUCCAUAAAACCUAUGAGGUCCCAUCAACGCCCUGCUGCAGUGCCAAGGACUUGGUGGAAAACAAAUUCCUCCUUCCGAGCACCAAUUCAUUUUGCUAUGAGAACGAGCUUGCCUUUAUGAGCCGUGAUGAUGAGGAGGAGGAGGAGGAGGAGGAGGAAGAUGAAGAUGGUAGAGGUUUGGACAAUCCAUGCUCAGGUGACCAGCCUGAAUUUGAUAGGCUGCCAGCUACUGUACCCCUUGAUCAAAGGUCCUAUCGGAGAGAAUCCGAAAUAUGACUCAGGGGCCUCCUAAAUGUUUUGCAAGUUCCUUUGAUCUCUCCUAACCUUCUCAAAAAUUUAUGCAGAACAAUGCAAGUGCCAUAGGAAUGCCUGAGAAUUAGUGUGGUUUGUUGGAUGUUGCUUUUUGUUGUCUUUAAGAAAACAAUUAAGUGCAAUAAUCACUGAAUGGCCCCAGGCCUCAGGGUGUGGUAGACCUCCAGGGUUAGAACGACCUGCAGAGCAGGUCCAAAAUGGUGGCACCAUGGGUUUUGCAGCAAAAACACACAAAACCAAACACAUACACACUUCUGAGUUUUAUGCCUUGUGCAGGAAUGACAAUGCAUGCAGAGUGAGAGUAUGGAAUCUCUCCUUCCAUUUGUUGAAAAUUAAUUUUUAAGAAUAGUAUAUUAGAGUGGAUCAAAAGAAGAAAAUAUCAGGAAACAAAACAAUGUGUGUUUUUCUCAAAUUUACAUACUGCCAAGAGAGGGGAUUCUUCUGCACUAAGUCAAGAUGGACAUCCCUUUUCUGAUUUUACUAUGCUGUCAUGGGGAUGGUAAGAGGUAUGAAGAACAACCAGAUAAGAAAGGGUCAAAUGGCGGAACUCCAGGGCUGGUUCUACCAUUAGGUGAAAUGAGGAAGCCAUCAUGGGCAAUUGAGCAAGAUGGCCUCCAUGGGCAGACUUAUGGACCACAGGGAGACCUUGGGGCGUCAGAAAGCUUAGGCAAGCUAGCCUGCUUUCCUUGUAGGUGAUUCUCAUGGGCCAUUCAACAAGUCAUAGAUAGGACAGACUUCCUCAAGUCCAGUUCAAUGCCUGGCGACCAUAUGGAUGCAUCCAUGGGAAUUUUUUUGGCAAUCAUACAGAAGUGAUUUAGCAUUGCCUUCUUCUGGAGAGCUUUUAAAAGGGUUUUGAGCCUUCAGCCUGGGAUUUCCUGGUUGUCCCUUAUCUAAGUACUAACCAGAUCUGGAUUUAUUUAGCUUUUACUGUCUCAGUCCAUUUCAGCUGCCAGUUACAUCUCUGACUGCUUUGAGCUCCUGGAGGUACACCCACAGAUUUCAGCCGUGGGGUGGGGUGUGUGGAAAGUUCUGCCUUGAGUACCAUAAUAUCAUCCGUUGAUGAUGGCCCUCACCCAUCGCAACAUCCUUCCUCAGAGACGGAUGUUCUGAUUUUAAAAACAGCAGAUGCCCAAGAGAAAUGAACUCAGCUGAUUUCCCUCUGACUAUUUGGACCAGAAGACUUUCUUUAAGCAAGAGAAUGCUUAACUGUUCCAUUUGUAAGGGUUGUAUGAUCUUUGCACCACAAGCCAUGCAUCUACACCCUCCCUCCCCACCUUA